AUGGUAAGUGCUAGGUCAACUAUUUUUUACAAAAUCGGCAUCGAUAUUCUGUACUUUUGUGUGGUUUUGUCUGUAUACUUUGUAGAGAUUUUUAAAUUUAUGGACAAGUACUACAUAGGACUGCUGGGGAUUAGAUAUGAUUACACCAAUUCGCAGUAUGGUCUAGAAGCCCAACUUGUUGCGUCAUACGAACAGUUCUCUGAUCAUUUUUGUGACCCAGGUAUCUACGCACAGUAUUUAAGCAAAAAGUUGUGCGACAAUAAAGACAAUUUGGAGAUAGCAGGGAUUUUGUUUGUGGUGUUUUCAUCUUUGGCGCAUGCUUUUAUGGCGUAUGGGAUACUCAAUAUGAUUGGCAAGGCUUGUGGAUGCAGAAUGUGGGGAUUAUUGAAGUAUGAUUUUCCACACUAUGUAUAUCCUGGGGUUUAUAUUGUGGCGGUGGUGCUUUAUUUAUCAGUUUCACAAUUCUACAACAUGUCACCACCUAGCAAUUAUGACUCAGAUUAUGACCUGAAAAUUUACUUUGGAGUUAUUCUUAUGUUUUUCGCUGUAUUUUUAUCAGUUUCAAGCGGAAUUUAUUUUAUGUUUUUGAAGAAAAAGAUGAAUACCUAUCUAUUCCCGAGAGAUAGUUUUUAUAAAAGUUUGAAGGAAGAAAGAGAACAGCGAAAAUCGCUAACUCCGAAAAUUGCGAAAACUGAUGCUGAAAGUGAAAGCUCUGAAAAAGUUUAA